UUAAAAAAAUAUUACCCCACUCUCCCCUUUGUGUACUUUAGAUGAGUUUUUCUCCCCCAUGGACUUGAAAAACUGGUCUGAAAGCAGACAGUAUUGCAGAGACCGCGGUGAGGAUCUGCUCAUCAUUAAGAGUGAAGAGAAGCAGAGACGUGUAACCUCAUUCAUCACAGAGAAGGUGAAAAUGCCUGUGUGGCUGGGGUUGACUGAUGCCGAGAUCGAGGGCAACAUGACAUGGGUGGAUAAUUCACCACUGAAUGAAGGGUUUUGGAUGAGAGGUGAGCCGACUAACAAUGAUGGAAUUGAGGAUUGUGUAUUUAUGAAUGCAAUAUCUUCUCCGAACUGGAAUGAUGUCCCCUGCUCAAUACUAGCACGCUUCAUUUGUGAAUGAAAGAGUUGUUCUUCAUUCAUUCAUUCAAUGUUGUCAGCUCAGUUCAUCAUAUAUACGCUGCUGUCUUGUCAUUUAUUUUGUAAGCUAAUGCUAAUAAAAAGGAGGCAUGUCUAUCCACAUUCACUCUCUGGACUAUUAUUCCCUGAAUCAUUAAUCCCUGAUUUUAUGAGCAUUACUCCACAUACUAGCGGUAGAUCACGUUUAGUCUGUUUUAGGCUGUAUUAGUGUGCACAGAGAUAGUUUUUUACAGCAAAGAUGUCAUAUGCCAUUAGUAAAAUAAAAAUAAAAACAACAAUACAUGAGAUGCUCUUACACCAGACUCAAUGUUAUCUGGAUGCAGACUUGCACAUGCAAUCUUAGACAUGCAGUCUCAGACACAUGAUCUCAAUAGAGUUAGUGAUGUCACUCUGAGGGGCUGGGUUAUGCGUACUCAUUAAAAUCAUUGCAUGAAGUCUCAGCUUUCAUCUGCGGUCUGCAGCCAGUGGCUCUAUUCUCAAUAUAAGACGACUGACACAACAUCAAGAUGACACGCCUCUUCCUCACAUCAUACAGUAAGUACAGUGAUUUCUGCUUCUUCAUCAUUGUUUUAUUGUUCUUGAAUAGAGCAUUACUGCCAUAAUGGAUCAGAGACUCACAACCUUACUCCCCAGACCUUUCUGCACUCACACAUUAAGAAAUAAUUGAUAAUAAUACGAACCUUUGGAUAUCGUAUAAAUUAAACCACAUUCUGUCGUCUCCUCCUGGAUUCUAAAGCUCUUUUAAUGUUUACUGAUGAUCACCAUUCAUUAGCUUGGAAAGUGAUUUGAUGAGACGCCUUUCUUAAACAGCACCUAUUAUGCAGAGAUUACUUUGAUGCAGGUUUUAAACCCAGUAGUGUGUGUGUGUGUGUGUGUGUGUGUGUGUGUGUGUGUGUGUGUGUGUGUCAGGAGUGUGUGAGUAUCUCCAGCAGCCUCUAAUAGUAAAGAUGAGUGAAUUGUGUUUGUUAUAAUCAGACUUGAUGCAGAAACACUUUGAUUGGCAUUCUCCC